ACAACCCGAGAGCCCGACGGCUCAGAAGUCCUUCGAUUAGGCUCAUCAACACUAGCGAAUUCGCCACAGUACAAGCUUCUAUCUGGUGAAAUUUGCCUUCAUUCAACUCCACUUCGCCUGCGGAGCGCGGAAAAUCCAUCGCAAUGAGGUGACGUUAUCAUUAUUAUCAUGUCUGUUGGCGCGAAGAUUGACUCUGCGCCGUAUUUACGCACCUUCGCCACGUUUCUGGCCACCGAACGCGCCAGUAGAUCAACGACAAUCCGAGAUGCUGGGCCUGUGAAGAGCAUCUCGCCAUCCGUCAUGUGGUUUCGUGAAAUAAUCUUCACUAUUAUCUCUGUGGAUUUUGCAUUGAGCUUAAAUCAAUUCUACUCCUGUGACGAAUGGAUCGCGCUGAACAAUCACACGAGUUCGCAGAGCAAUUGCUCACUUUACGGCAUCUCGGCGUACUGCACGGGAAAUCUCGAGGGGAUCAACGACAUCCGGAUGAAGAUGGUGGAGAACAUGUGGAUCUGCCGCUUCCCCAACAAGACCUUCGAUCCCUUCCACAUCCUGCGCCACAUGACGCAGCUGCGCAAGCUCCGGAUCAACUACAGCAACUUCACGCACUUCAGCAACGACUUUCCCGAGCUCAAGCACCUGGAAGUCGUCAAUGUGACCAACACGGCGAUGGCCUACACCCGUCCUACGCUCUUCCGCAAGCUGCCCGCGCUCAGAUACUUGGACUUGAGGGGAAACUGUCUGGACCACAUGGAAGGACCGCUGAUCCUGAACAGUGGAUUCAAGAAAAUGUAUCUUUCAGGAAACAAGUGGAAUUGCACGCGGAACAUGAAGUGGCUUCUGACGUACGAUGAAAACGGGCGCGGAAAGCGCGUGGCGGACAAGGACAUGAUGCGCUGCGUGGACUUCAAGUACUCCGGACGGCCUCUGCUGGCCGUGAUGGACUUCAAGAUGCAGAUGCGCACGCAGUGCAGCCACCCGGACAUCCUGAACUGCUCCUGCGUCCUUCACUACAUCCGCCCAAGCGACGACGGCGAGUACUUGAUCCCGAUGGUCACGGUGAACUGCAGCCAUCGCGGCUUCCAGGACCUGCCCGACUUCCUGCCCAAGAACACCACAAUCCUGCACAUGACGCACAAUCGGAUCAGCAGCGUGGAAGUGCUGCGCAAGAAUCCGAUCUACCUGGAAGUUCACGAUCUCUUCCUGGACUACAACCAGAUCGAGUCCAUUGACUUCCUGGAGGCGUCGCGAUGGCUGAACAACUUCCGCGUGUUCAGCCUGCGCGGCAACCGACUGACCAAGUUCUCCAGCCACAUCCUGGACAAUGCGCUGGAGCGGAAUCACCAGGCGAUCAAGCUGCACCUGAGCGAGAAUCCCUGGCGCUGCGACUGCCUGUUCACGCCGCACUUCCAGGAGCUGCUAAUGAAGUACCACACGAUCAUCAAGGACUUCAGCAACAUCACGUGCAAGUACAUCGAGGGCGACGGCAACUUCCGCACGUCCGUGAUCACGCUCAAUCGCGGCGACGUGUGCAAGCUGCCGUCCGAGUACAGAGUGCAGCCCAUCGAGCUGCUCAACGGCAUCCUGGCCUUCCUCAUCGUCCUGAUCCUGGGCAAGCUCGCCUUCGACUACUACCACUACCGGCGCUACGGCCGCGUGCCCUGGAUCGUCACGAAGCUGCCGUGAGAGGCUCGAAAAAGAGGCAUUUUAGCGCCUUUUUUGCACUGACUGUUGAUCAUUAGAUAAUUCGAAUGG